CCUGGGCCCUCCCUGACAUCCACGGGAACCGGAGCGUCUGCGGACGAGCUCGUGCAGCGGGGCUCGGAGCUAGGAGAGGGUCGCAGCAAAGGAACUGAACCUUGGGGCACCUGCUGAGGAAAGAGGAGGGGAAACAGCUGGACAUCAGGAAGAAGUUGGAUUGGCCGCCUGCCUGCCUUGGCCAGCUCCGGCCCUCCCCAGGCACUGUCUACCCAGCCCCACUGCACACACUCUUUCCAUCAGAGUCCCCACCUCUCUGGAAGCUGUGAGGCUCCGUUUGGAACCCAAAGUGUAUACAGGGACCCCCAUGAAGCUCUCAGCUUUCCUGAGCCUGCUGGCCCUGGCGCUGCAGGAAGCAGGGACAGCUUCUCUCCCAAAGAAGGAGAGGAGGAGAAGAGAGGACCAGGCGCACGGGGAUGGCAGUUCCGACAGAGCUCUGCGCCUGGAGAACUAUGUCCUGAGCCUGGACGACUACGAUGAGGUCAUCGAUCUGAGCAACUAUGAGGAGCCCGCAGACUACGGGGGCCAGCUCCCCAAGGUUAAAGGGACCAGCCUGGCUCCUUCAACCAGGAUCAGUUCCACUGAGAGCCUUUUGGGUCCAAGGACACCCUCUUCAAACCCCACAAUGACCAGGCCUACCACACUGACCAGGCCUACUACACUGGGCCUGCUGGGUUCCCCAACAAGCCACGGUCUACCUACCUGUCUGGUCUGUGUGUGCCUUGGUUCUUCUGUGUACUGUGAUGAUGCUGACCUACAGAACAUCCCUCCUCUUCCCAAGACAACCGCCUACCUGUACGCCCGCUUCAACCGCAUCAGCCAUAUCCGGGCUGGAGACUUCAAAGGGCUGACAAAACUGAAAAGGAUUGACCUCUCUAGCAAUUUCAUCUCCUCCAUCGAUGACGAGGCCCUCCGCCUGCUGCCUGAUCUGAAGGAUCUGAUCCUCCCAGAGAACCAGCUGGCAGCUCUGCCUGUGCUGCCUACUGGCAUCGAGGUCCUGGACGUCCGCCUGAAUCAGCUCCGGAGCUCAGGGAUACAGCCUGAAGCCUUCAGGGCGCUGGAGAAGCUGCAGUUCCUCUACCUGGCCGACAACCUGCUAGAGUCCAUCCCCGGGCCCCUGCCCCUGAGCCUGCGCGUGCUACACCUGCAGAAUAACAAGAUAGAGACCAUGCAAAGAGACGCCUUCUGCGACACUGAGAAGCAUAAACACACGCGGCGGCAGCUGGAAGACAUCCGCCUGGAUGGCAAUCCCAUCAACCUGGGCCUCUUCCCCAGCGCCUACUUCUGCCUGCCACGGCUCCCCACGGGCCGCUUUGCCUAGCUCACCUUCCCUCUCCUCCCAGCUCUUUUCUCAGUGACGUCACAUCGGUUAUCUGAAAUCAGCCGUGGUGGGAGUAGUUAUACCAUGGAAAUCGGAAAAUGCUACACGUUGGGGUCUUGUCUUUUCUUUUUUUUUUGUUUGAAAGCUGGUUGUUAAGCAUUUGCCAGCACUACUGAGGAGAAAGGAGAACUAUAUAACUGGCCCUGUCCCUACCCCAGGCCACCCCACUGGGGUAGCGUGGGGUUUCCAUGGGGCUUUCUGUAAUUUCCUGCUCUUCCUAGGCCAGGGCUGCUUGUUAGAUUUGGAAGGAGCCAUUUGUAAGGAUGGAGAACUGAACUGAAUCUUCGCCUGGAUGCCCUCCUGUAGCGCUUACCUAUCCUGGCUCUCUGGCCAGUCUCUGAGCAUGGCCCGGCGACGGCUUCCUGGCCAUGGGGUUUCCACCCUCCAAUGCUCCCUUCCAUGUUUAACCACCAGAGGGCAGCCUUGUGCAAAGAUAAAUAAAGAAAGAG